UAAAGAAUGGAGAAGAGUAUCAAUAGAAAAGAUAUGUAUCGUCUAUGGUUGAAUUCUUAAGACGAUAUAAUAUCGUUGUUACAGCAUAGACCAAUUCUUAGUAUGAAGUUGGGAUGGAUCUAAAAGAGUAAAUACAAACAUGAAGCAAGAAGAAGAAGAUGGAAUGAAUAAAUUUCAUGGUCUGAAGAUUAUGCGUUAUUGAUUUAGUGUAUUAUAUUACUUUAAAGAUUAUAAGCAAGAAUGGAAAGAAUGAGAAAAGGUAUUCUAUCUAUUUUGGAGAAUGAAUGAUUCUCUUGCAUUGUUUUUUCCUCAAGUUUCAUUUUCAUCAUUCAUUUCACUUUUUAGGUUAUUUAUUUAUGAAUUGCAUGCUUCAUCUUUCUUUUUUUUUUUCGAUCUAAAUCGUACAUAAACUCAUAUCAGAUGUGUCCUUUUUGCAAAUGACAAAACGAGGUGUUUAGAUUUAGAUCUAUUCAAAUAAUUGUUGCUUUUCAACACAAAAAACAAACUGAUCAAAGAGCCUUCUUUUGAAUUUUCAAUGUACACCAUUCAAUUCAAUUCAAUUCCAUCUACUUUUCUAUUUACAUUACCCAACUCCACCACUUUUGUCAACCAUCUUGCAUAUACCAAACACUGCCUAAUGACAAAAGGUUUCCUUGGCCGAUAUAUGAUAAGAUACGAAUCUCUCAACGCCGAUCUCUCAACACUAUUUGGUGUUUCUGUAUAGGUUGACGUUUUCUUCAAUCUUGGCUUUUUUAAUUGUACCAAAUAUUGACUCUUUGAUUUGCUCUCGAUAUAUGGUCUUUAUAGCCUAUUUGUCUUGGCCGUAAAAGACUUCACCGAACAUGAUUUCUUUGAUGGCAAUAUCAAGAUGCUUAUCGCUUUUGAUAAUACAAACAAAAGACAGGACAAAUAUAAAAAAGAAAAAUGAUAUGCUUUUUGAAAUCCCGAUUCUUUAGUAUAUUCAUCGACACCAACUUGUUUUUUUCCGCUGUUCUCUUGCUAUUUGGUUGUUUUUAUUAUUUUUAAAUUUCCUUUUUUUUUUUCCUUUUUUGUUUUUUAUUUUUUAAUUUUUCUUUUGUAUUCUUUUCCACACCUUUUUGUUGAUUUAUCAAUUUCCUGUUAAUGGAAAGUAAAUAGCCAAGGCGGAUUUUGGUUUGGUUUGAUUUGAUUUGAUUUGAUUUGUAUUUUUGCAUUGUUCCAUUCUGGGUUUUGAAUCCAUUUGGAUUUGUCAUAUACACACAAAGACUGAACAGGGAGUGAAAAUUAAGAUUGACAAAUAUAUUUACGAGUUUACCUACAAAUCACAAGAAAGCUCUUGAUCCUACCUCUUCCAUCAUGUCUCAUUCUGACAAAAGUGAUUUGGAAAAUCUUGAUCCAGAUGCCGCAGAACUGGCUGCCUUGGGUUACAAACAAGAGUUCAAACGUGAAUUCUCUUCAUUUAGCUCGUUUUGUGUCUCUUUUUCCGUUCUUGGUUUGCUGCCUUCUUUCGCUUCUACCAUGUAUUACACAACUGGUUACGUUGGCACUCCUGCCAUGGUAUGGGGCUGGCUUAUUGCAAUGGUCUUCGUUCAAUGCGUAGCUUACGGCAUGGCGGAGCUUUGCUCUUCCAUGCCUACCUCCGGUGGUUUAUAUUACGCGGCCGCAAAGUUGGCUCCCGGACGCUGGGGCCCUUUAGCUGCUUGGCUUACUGGCUGGUCCAAUUAUUUCGUUCAAGUCACAGCUGCUCCUAGUGUCGCUUACUCUUUUUCCGGGAUGAUUCUUUCCCUUCUUCAAAUUAAAAAUCCUAAUUAUAGUCCCCAAAACUACCAAAUAUUCUUAUUAGCAUGCGCAGGUAUGAUUGCCAUGACUUUAAUAUCCUGCCUUCCAACAAAAGUCGUCGCUCACUUUAAUACAUGUGGCACAGUCGUCAAUGUUGUCUUCCUUGGCAUAGUUAUGAUUACUCUCCUAGCCGUCGCUGGCAAAAACCAUGCCUUCAACAGCACUCACGAUGUUUGGGCAAACUUCGAUAACCAAACCGAUUGGAGCGAUGGGUUUGGACUUUUGAUGUCGUUUGCUGGUGUCAUUUGGACAAUGUCUGGUUACGAUUCUCCUUUCCAUUUGAGUGAGGAAUGCUCCAAUGCUAGUGUUGCCGCUCCAAAAGCUAUCAUCAUGACCUCUGCUUUCGGCGGUAUCGUCGGAUGGCUUUUAAAUCUUAUCAUUGCAUAUACUAUCGUCGAUGUCAAAAAAGUCAUGAACGACAGUUUGGGUCAACCCUAUGUCGUUUAUCUUCAACAGGUCUGUGACUACAAAACGACUGUCGCUUUGGCUGCCCUCACGAUCGUUUGUAGUUUUAUGAUGGGUCAAGGUUGCAUGGUUGCUGCCUCCAGAGUUACUUACUCCUAUGCCAGAGACGGUGUAUUCCCUUUUUCCAGAUAUCUUGCUCAUAUCGAUGUCCGCACAAAGACUCCUAACCGGUGUACUUGGAUGAAUACCAUUACCGGUAUGCUACUUUUACUCUUAAUUUUUGCUGGUGAUGUAGCCAUCAAUGCCAUUUUUUCUGUCGGUGCUAUCGCUGCCUUUGUUGCCUUUACAAUUCCCAUUUUCAUCAAGAUCACCUGUGUCUCUGAUCUUGAUUUUCAAAGAGGCCCUUUCCAUUUGGGCCGCUUCUCAAAGCCCAUUGGUUAUAUGUCUUGUAUUUUCGUUCUACUUAUGCUUCCCAUCUUAUGUUUCCCACAAACCAAAGGAAAAAAUUUGAAUGCACAAGGUAUGAAUUGGACCUGCGUCGUUUACGGAUUCCCCAUGCUUAUUAUAAUCAUGUGGUGGUUUAUAUCCGCUCACAAAUGGUUUACUGGUCCUUUACUAACGUAUGUUCCGGAAGCAUCUAUUACUCCAGAUGCUAUAUUGGAGGGUGUAUCCAAAACUGAUGAUGAAGCAAGUGUUUCCACUAUAGUGAAAAAGUAGAAAAAUUGCAUUACAUUCAUAUCAACUUCAUUGCGCUUUAUAUUUUUGUUUUAUCUCCCGAAAUUUAAUACCUAAUCUGCAAGUCUCUUCAGUCUCAUAUGAUGUUAUGUACUCUUCUCUUUUGAUUUAUGUUUAAUGUUCGUCCCUUUAAAUUAUCGCUCGUUCUUCUCCUCUACUGUUUGUUAUGAUUCUUUUAAUGUGCAAUAUUUCUUUCAGUCUCUCGACAAAUGAUCAUAGACCUAAAUAUCUUUUUCCUUACUACCAAUAUCUCUUGUAGCAUUCCACUUCUCUUCUUUUCUUGCUCCGAGUAAUGUUUAUACAUUCAUUCGUUUCACCAUUGAUUGAAAUGACAGCCUUUUUGUAAUUUCAAUUAUGUCAACAUAUUACAGUAUAAUAGUCCGCGAAAUACGAGUCUACUCACUUUGACUCAAUAUUACUAUAGAGAACCGGUUCGUUAAACUGAAGUUUGAACAUCAUCGCUUGCGACGAGGUACCACAUUUACGUUUCCUCAAAAAAUAUAUUUCUAAACUUUUUCUCUUCGUUUUUUGAGCG